GUGCAAAGAGGCGCCGGCGCCUGGCCACCCCCCCCGCCCCCCCGAAGGGGGGGGGGGGCGCCCCCCGCGUGCCCGCAGCGGGGCACGCGCAUGUGGGCGAGGGUGCGCGCCAGCCGCCCCGCCGCGGUGGCGCUCGUGCUGGCGGCCACGCUGCCCCGCGCGCCGGCGGAGCCCUGGGCGCUUGCGUCGGCUACUGCCUCUCCCUGGAGGGCGACGGCUGUGACGCAUGCCGCGGCUCCGCUGUCCAGCUCCACCCGCUACGUAACCUCCUCGUCUGUGGUUGGGACUGCCACGUCGUGGACCAGCACUGCUGCUCCCGGAGCAGCAUCCAGCAGAUCGGGCACCGCGGCGGCAGUUGCCCGGAUCACAGGUUCCGUGACCAGCAGCACGGCCGAGGCAACCAGGGUGCCCACCAGCACAGUGGCAGAAGAAGGUGUGAGCACCACCGUGUCACCGACCAGCACCGCCCGCAGCGAAGAUGUUUCUUCCACGACGUGGACCAGCUCUGCGACUGAAGCCUCAUAUAGAAAUUCGGACACCCCGACGACAUCCAUUGGGAGUACAGGUUCCAUGACCAGCAGCUCAACCGAGUCAUCAAGAACAACCGCCAGCACUGUGACCGAAGGUAGUGUGAGCACCAUUGUUUCGCUGAUCAGCACGACCCACAAUGCAUCUUCAUUAUCUUUGACUAUCACUGCCACGACGUGGAGCAGCUCUGCGACAGAAGCCUUAUCUAGCAGAUCCAUCGCCGCUACGACAUCUAUCCAGAGCACAGUUUCCAAGACCAGCACCCUAACCGAGUCAACAGGGACUCACAGUAGCACUGUGACGCAAAGUAGUGUGAGCACUGGUUCACUGACGAGUACAAGCCAAAGCACAGUUUCUUUAUCUUCGACUACGACGGCCACGUCGUUGACCAGCUCUGCGACUGACACAACAUCUAGCACUUCCAGCACCACGACGACAUCUACUGGGAACACAGUUUCUCAAUCACGCAGCAUAACCGAGUCCACCUGGACAACCGCUAGCAUUGUGACAGAAAGUAGUGUGGGCACCACCGUUCCGCUGACCAGCACAACCCAGAGUGUAACCUCUUCAUCUUUGACUGCGACUGCCACUUCGUGGAGCACCUCUGCGACUAUAACAUCAUCGAUCACAUCCAGCACCGCGACGACAUCUACCCAGAGCACAGUUUCCAAGAUCAGCAGCUCGACCGAGUCCACAUGGACUACCACCCAAAGUGCUACUUCUUCAUUGUUGACUGCGACGGUCACGUUGCGGAGCACCUCUGCGACCGAUACAGCAUCGACCACAUCCCUUUCCGCGACGAUAUCUACUGGGAGCACAGGUUCCAUGACAAGCACCCCAACCGAGUCCACAGGGACUCACAGCAGCACUGUGACGCAAAGUAGUGUGAGCACUGGUUCACUGACGAGUACAAGCCAAAGCACAUGUAACCUCUUCAUCUUUGACUGCGACUGCCACUUCGUGGAGCACCUCUGCGACUGUAACAUCAUCGAUCACAUCCAGCACCGCGACGACAUCUACCCAGAGCACAGUUUCCAAGAUCAGCAGCUCCACGACCGAAUCCACAUGGACUACCACCAGCUCUGA